CGCGGAUGUCCGGAUCCGGACAUAAACAGUGUCCACGCCAGUCCCCUCGACUACAAGUCUGUGCAAGUAUGUUAACUAGGCUUAAUCGAUGACAUUUAAACGAUGACAAGUCUGCAUCUACAACUACUCCGUUGGGAAUCCGACGCUCCUCAGGCUGAGUCAUUAUUUAUAAUAUUCAGUACUUGCCAAAGGAUGGGUACAAAAGGUUGCGAGGCUUUUAUCAAUCUUGCCAGACCCCCAUCGCUAUUCACCUGCACCGACACUAACGAAUACUAUGGGCCAACGAAGUUACCAGGAGAUGGUGGAAGAACAAAAGAAGGGGAUGCCUCCUGUGACUACAGGCGAUCUCACUGGCAAGACCGUCAUGAUUACCGGCGCCAACAGUGGCAUUGGAUUCGAGGCUGCCAAGCACUUCGCAACCAUGAAUCCUACAAGAUUGAUUGUUGUUUGUCGGAGUGUCGAAAAAGCCCAAGACAGUAUCGCCAAGAUCGAAGCAGAUACUGGAUACAAGGGUGCAGAGCCAAUGGCUCUUGAGCUGAGCAGCUUCCGCUCGGUCUCCGAGUUUGUUACUCAAGUCAACAAAACUUUGGAUCGCCUUGACAUCAUCGUUGAAAAUGCUGCUAUAUCUACUAAUUACGAAUAUAUUGCAACCGAUGAUGGCUGGGAAUCGAUGCUCCAGGUUAACUCAUUGGGACCUGCUCUGCACACCAUACUCUUGCUUCCUAUCAUUUCAAACACGGCUAAGCAACAUUCAGUGGUUCCGCGGAUCGUAGUGGUUUCAAGCGAAACGAUAUUCAUGGCCAACAUCGGUUCAGACGCUAUCGCUGCAGCGAAUACUCUUCAAACGCUCUCAUCAAAGGAUUAUUGUACCCCAGAGAUCAUGCGCGCUCGUUAUGUACACUCAAAGAUUUUGAAUAUCAUGUUGGUAAAUAAACUUGCAGCACUUCUGCCUCAAAAUAUCGUACCUGUUGCUCUCAACCCCGGAUUCUGCGUUUCCGGCCUACGUCGGAAGUCUCGCGGAGAAGAUGCAGAAAGAUUCAAAAAGAUGGAAGAUGAAUUCGCGUACACGUCGGAAGAGGGCAGUCGUCAAAUCAUUUACGCUGCCAUUGGUGGAAAGGACGAGGAGUUGCGCGGCAAAUUCACGUCGUACUCGCAAGUUCUUGAAGUUUCGGAUUGGAUGUUGAGUGAGGAGGGUAAGAAAGCCGAGGAUAAGACUUGGAAUGAGAUGCUUGAAAUUUUUGGAAAGCUCGACGAAAGAGUUCCUCAGAUUGUCGCUGAAUACCUGAAGGUUUAGUUAAUUUUCAGGAAUAGAGAAAAGAGUUGUGUAACAUAUGCAAACUGUACGCUCGAUGAAUUGUACCUUGGAAAUUG